CGUUUGGAACGCAGCCGCUGGAAUUCAGAAGCGGCAGGAGAAAUGGCUCACUCCUCGCAAUCGGGUGCUGCGCAGGCGCUCAAUGGCCAGCAUCCGGAGUUGGCCUUCGCGGACGCGGAUACGGAUGGGGAUGGGGAUGGGGGGUACGAGCGGUACGAGCGGUCCAAGGGGGAAGGGGGGUCUCCAGAGCCGGAGAAGAUACAACUUCUGGGUUCAAUGGCCAGGAAGCAAUCCCUCAGCGAGCGACGCAACGUGGAGCUGCCGCUCCUUAAAGUGAUCAACGAAAAGGAACCGGAGGCCACCACCUCGACCACGCCCUCGCCAGAAGCCUUCGCCCCGGGACUCCGGCGGAACUCGAUAUCGAUGCCCUCGGGCAUCAAUGCCCUGGAUCUGGAGGCACUGCGUCUGCGACAUCAGAUGCAGCCACAGGAUGCCCUGCACGAAGAGAUUAUAGCCGACGAUGCGGCCUCCAGCCUUGGAACUCCGGCUACUCCGGGCACUCCGGGAAUUACGGCGCCGACGACAUCGGCGAAUACGCCGGAUAAGGUCGUCAGCGGUACGGCCAUCAAUUUCGCCAACGCCAACGAUGACAGCGAUGACGAGUUCGGGAACGCCAGAAGACCAGUUCACCGCGAUCGUUUCCGCAGUCGGAGACGUGCCUCGAUUGCCCCCCUGCCCGCUUUGCGGUUAAACAGCAAGGAGAUGUUGGCCAGUGACUUCGAUAGCCACAGUUUGGCCUCCAACCAGGCCUCCAUCACCAGCGUCAAUUCCUUGGCCAGUUUGCUUCGCGAGAAGAUGCAGGCCUUCCCACAGCUGAUAAGGAAAAAGAAGCGGGAGACAAAGGACUACAAAAUCAAGAUAUUCGUCAUCAUUAUGUUUUUCAUCAUCAUAUUUCUGAUCGGCUACGCCUAUGUGGCCUACCACCAGCAGGUGCUCACGAAGAGCUACUUCCAGAAGAUCAAGUUCAACUCGCACGACCGCAUCUUCCGGAUCCUGAGCCACGAGGACAAGGAGGUGAUAUCGGGCCAGUUGGGCACCACACUGGGCUUCGACACGGCCCCGUUCCACUGCCUGGAGGACCAUCGUCGGAACGAUGGCAGCGUGUGCAUCGAGUGGAACGGGAUAGCCCGACUGCACCUGAACUUCGAGGACAAGGGGGUCUUCCGGUGCUACACGCUGCAGUGGCAGGCCCUCACCCCGGGCCUCCUGCCCACCGACUGCUACGAGCUGAAGCGGGACAAUGGCAUGUGGUUCGGUGGCGGGGUCACCAAGGGUCAGGAGUGGUCCCUCAGCUAUGCCAACUUCGACUUCGCGCCGUACGCCUCGGGGGACAGCAAAAUCCAUCAGUUUGGCAACGGGGUGAAGAGGUACUUCAUCAACUCCAUCGGCGUGGCCAUGCAGGUGAGCGAGCGGACGCCUCUGCAACUGGGCGUCAACCGGACGGAGAACCGCUUCUGCCUGCGGGCCGCCAACGAUGAGUUCACCUUCGUGAACCACCUGACCCCGCUGCCCCAGCUGGACUAUCGCAUCUGCACCACGGAGGACAUGCGCAGUCUGCACAUGCUGAUGACGCAGCAGAGCCUGUGGGAUGGCCUCAAGGAGCAGGAGUUCAAGGUGCUGCACUCGCUGCUCGAGGAGCCCGUGUGGCGGAUACCGCAUGCGGAGACAGCGGAUUCCCUCAACGAGUCGACCAUUUGCGACUACUCCGAGAGCGCCAUUGCCAUGGGUCUGGGCCACAUAGUGAUCAACGAGUUCUGGCAGGAGAACAUCGGCGACUUCACCGUGGACAAGGCCCGAUUCCCCACGCUCAAGGACACCAUCGAUGUCCUGCACCGGCGGGGCUUCAAGGUGGUCCUCACCAUCCAGCCGUUCAUCAGCACGGACAGUGCGAACUUCAAGGAUGCCGUGCGGCGGAAGCUCCUCAUCUACGAGCGGCACUCGGAGCGGAGCAUUCCCGCUUUGACCAGGUACAAGAGCAGCUCCAGUGCCGGCGUGCUGGACAUCACCAACAAUGCCUCGGUGCCCUGGCUGCUGGAGAAGCUGCAGCGCCUGAAGGAGGAGUACGGGGUGCAGAGCUUCUACCUGGACCUGGGCACCGGUUACAAUCUGCCCCACUACUACCAGUGCCGCCAGACCCUGGACAAUCCGGACACGUACGCCAGGCUGUUCACCGCCAGUCUGGAGGGCGCCGGCCUGAUGGCGGUCUCCACGGCCAGUGUGGUGCCCAAGCCGCCCACCUUCCUCAGCACUCCGCCGGCGAACGCCACCUGGGAGGGAUUGCGGGAGACUCUGGGUGCCGUGCUGAACUACGGGGUCAUUGGCUAUCCCUUCGUGCUGCCCGGAGUGAUCGGGGGCGACUAUCUGCUGCAGCGACCGCUCUCCAAGAUGGUCUCCUUCUACUCGAUGGCCCAGCCACCGCUGCCCGAUCCGGAACUCUUCAUCCGCUGGCUCCAGCUGGCCACCUUCAUGCCGGCCAUGCAGUUCAGCCAUCUGCCCUCGGAGUACCGCAGCGACCUGGUCACCCGGGUGGCCCAGGAGCUGAAGGAGGUGCGCCAGACGGUGGUGAUCGCCCUGCUCAAGAAGUACCUCAGUCCCUCGAUGAACGAGGGCCUGCCGCUGGUCAGGCCCCUCUGGAUGAUGGAUCCCCACGACCCCGCCUGCCUCAUCGUCAGCGACGAGUUCUCCGUGGGCGAGGAGCUCAUCGUGGCCCCCAUCCUCCAUGCAGGACGCGAGGAGCGGGAGGUUUAUCUGCCGCAGGGCGUGUGGAAGGACGGCAUCGAUGGAUCACUGCGGAAGGGCAGCCGCUGGAUGCACGGCUACCGGGUGCCGAAGGACAAGAUCGCCUACUUCCGCAAGAUGCCGGAUAACACACGGUUCUAGGACUCCGCAUCCACCUGCCCCGCAACCCAUGUGAUAUGACCGAAAGACCGAAAGAGAGCCGGCACUUCCGCAUACAUCUAUCUGUAUUGAGUAGCCUAAAUACUAAAUACUAAACACGAAAUACUAUAUAUAUAUAUAUAUCGAUAAGCCCGCGAUCGUAAUACAUAAGAUGCCUUAUCGCUAGCGCUUAAGCGUUAUCCUUAGCCUAUGUAAUUUCCAUAUUUUUUUUUUUGUUUGUUUGUCCGUAUGAUUAGUUAAGUACAUCUGGGAUGAUCGCUUACUCGCUGAAUAAAUAUGUAUGCUCCAUCAA